AUGAGUUACGUCUCGGAUCGACAUGGUGUUCAUACCAUUCCUAAGGGGGAAUGCGCCGCCUGCGGCCAUCAGAUUGUGGGGCAGGUAACGUCAUUUUAGAUAUUCAUAUUAGUAUCCAUCAGAUCGUGAUCGCCAUGGGAAAGAACUGGCAUCCAGAACAUUACGUGUGCUGUCAGUGUGGCCAAGAAUUGGGGAACAUACCGUAUUUCGAAAGAGGCGGGAAGCCAUAUUGUGAAAGAGAUUACAACGAACUUUUCCUUCCGAGAUGUGCUUAUUGUGAUGGUGCAAUCAAAGAUGUAAGAUGAUUGUUGUCUUCUUACAUUUAUUGCAGAAAUGUGUCCACGCCUUGGGGAAAGUAUUUCACGCAGAUCACUUUACAUGUGUAGAAUGUGGAUCUGGAUUUGGCAUUGAUGGGUACUAUGAGAAAGAUGGAGUGGCCUACUGUAGAUCCGACUUCCUUCGAUUAUUCGGCCCGAAAUGUCAUGGGUGCAAUGGGUCAGUCCAAAGUCGAUUUAUUUCCGCCUUAGGGUACACUUGGGAUCCAGAAUGUUUUGUUUGUCAAGUAAGUGAUUAAAAGUUUUGAUGGAUGGAUCUAAAAUGUUUGCCAGCACCGUAAAAUCUAGGAUUGCCAUCAACCCUUCCGGAAUGGAAAUUUCUUCGAAUGGAAUGGUAUCCCCCUCUGCGAAAAAGAUUAUCAUUUGAGAAGAGGGUCUAUUUGUAGUCAAUGUAAUCUCCCUAUUCAUGGACGAUGUGUUAUUGCCUUAGGCAAGCAUUUCCAUCCCGAACAUUUCCAGUGUUCCAAUUGCCGAAAGCAUCUUACUCGGGCCAAUUUCAAGGAGAUCCAGCAUAAGGCCUACUGUCAGAAAUGCUCCGAGAAAAUAAUUCCUCCAAUUGAGUAUGUCACUCAGUGA